UUUUGGGUUUAAAAACGAAACCAAAGCUCCCGCUGGACAUGCGCACAAGUUGCUUUUCUUGGAUAUCUUGGGGAACCACAUGACAAAGUUCCAGGUACGGGGUUAUUUAUAUAGUGACAUCGAGCACACGCUUUGUGGCGUGUCAUAAUAAUAACAACCGUCGCGAGCCAGGGCAGUUAAACCUGUGGCCUAGAGCGAGCUACAGUUCAGGCGUGCAGUAAAAACCCCGGGGUGGACGUAUUUCUACUGUAGCGCCCCAGGGUCCGAUGCGCUGCGCAUCUGGCGGUGGUGAAAGGAGCGGGAAAACGGCUCACUUGGUCGACUCUUUAUUUUUUCUUAAACGGAUCUGUCGAGGGGAAAAUCGUCACCUCGGCCUGAAAAAUGCCUCCCUGAUAUACUUCGAGACGCACUUCUAAGAUGUCUCAUCCUGCGAUCGACAACCAUAGCAACGGAAUCUUAAUCUAUCUGACCACUGACAGCGGUCAAGUGCCCGGGGUCUCCACGAGAAUCAGAGAAAACGAAAGUGACCAAGCGUCAUAUUCCCGACAACGUAGCAGUGACAGCGGCGUUAGUCAACUGAGCACUGGCGGUGAAUCCGUCCGCUCCGUGACCCCGAUCGCUGCACCAGGAAGAGAAAAUAAAAAGAACCCCGAUAAAGACUUAGAAAAAUUGCAAGGAGACGUGAAAAAAUUGAGACUGUGUAUCAGGAAAUUGGUCAUAGUGUUUGUGGUUAUAACCUGCCUACUUAUUAGCGCGGUGGUUGCUGUAGGGGUGCAUUCCUUUCAUCCCUACGUCAACACGGCAGAGCACAGCGUCAACGCCGAGCAAGCUGGCGUAGCAGACGACACCCUUUCCUCGCUCUGCAUACCAUGCGCUGACCUCUCCCAAGACGUAUCGGUCGAAGAACUUAGAAUGGAAAAGAACCCCGACCUCUGCUGCGCCCGAAACCAGACGCAGUUUCAUAAACUCCUGCAAUGGUAUGUGGAUGUGAAAAUACAACAAGCUGAAGAAGGUGAGGGGACCACUAGUGCGUUAAAAACCAACUUCGGAGCUGGUUUUAACGCAAAAUGUUUGAGUUAA